AUGGCUCAGAUGAGUUACGGACGAGCCACAGAGCAAUUGGAACCUGCUGCCCAGUGCUGGUUCUGGUGUGUCGCACCUGCGACAUUUUGUGCGCAGGUGCAUGGUCGCUCCUGCGGAAUUCCAGUUGCUUCUGCGACAAUAGACAGCCCUGCCGAGCUCCACUUCUUCGGAGAAAUGAGCGCAGGUGCGACAUUUCUGGGCACAGAUGCGGCCACUGGACAAGCUGCCCCGUUCUUUUGCUUGGAUGGGUCUCCACCAGCAUUCUAUUACGACAAGGGACAUGGAGAAGGAGCUAAUAAUUGGAUUAUCUACUUUAGGGGAGGAGAAUGGUGCUAUAACGUGAUAGAUUGCCUCAAUCGCACAAAGACAGAAAAAGGUUCCUCAAAACUUGCUCCAAAGCAAAGAUCAUUUUAUGGAAUACUUAGCAACAACAAAACACUGAAUCCAGAUUUCUACAAUUGGAAUAGAGUAAUGGUUAUAUAUUGCGAUGGAGCAUCGUUCACAGGAGACGUUGAAAUAGUUGAUCCGGUCACUAACCUUCAUUUUAGAGGAGCAAGGAUUUUCCAUGCAUUGAUCGAACAUUUCUUGGCGAAAGGGAUGAAGGAUGCAAAAAAUGCCAUUCUCGCAGGUGGUUCAGCUGGAGGACUGCCUGCUUUACUACACUGUGAUCGUUUUCGAGCUCUUCUUCCUAACUCAGCUAGAGUAAAGUGUCUUGCUGAUGGUAGUUAUUUUCUCCACAAGAAAAACAUGAAGGAAAUACCAUUCAUGGAUAUUGUCAAUGAAGGACUAAUUACCUUACAUCAUUCAGCCAAGAUGUUGCCAUCAUCCUGCAUUUCAAAAAUGAGACCAUCUUUGUGCCUUUUUCCACAAUAUUUUCAACAAGAAAUCCAGACACCAUUUUUCAUAGUCAACUCAAUGUUUGACACAUUUCAGAUAAACAAGACUUUUCUUGGUUAUUAUGAAGACCUUAAUAACAAUACGUGCUCAGCUACUCUUGUUAAGACUUUACAAGAUUUUAAACAGGAAUUCUUAAGUGCAUUACCGAAACAAAGUGAUUGUUCUUCAUCAAGAGGAAUGUUUAUUGACUCUUGCUUGAUUCAUUCCCAAAUAUUAAGUGGUGUUGGUUGGAAUGGCUUCACGGUACAUAAUAAGACAAUUGCAGAGGCAUUUAGCGAUUGGUACUUCGACCGAAGUUCUGUCCAAUUGAUAGACACACCAGACUUGCCACUGAAUUGUUACAAAUUCCCCUCUAUUACAAGCUUUUGCACCUAAAAUGUCCAGAAAGGUGUUUAAGAUUCCAGGUUACUGAAACGAACACAAGGCUUCAGCAAGUCACCCAAUGUAGGACGAGCUACUCUACAGUAUUCUUAAAAGCGCCUACUUUUCUUUUUUAUUUGAGCUUUCGAUUUGAGCCGAUCUUAUUCAAUAAAGGUGAUUUUUUCAGUUGAGUAGAAAAGUGAUAUUCUUCUAAAUUUUAACAAAAUCUCAAAUGUAUUAUUGUAAGUAGCAAUUGAUUUGUGCAUUUAACUUUCUCUACUUCUUUUUA